CCGAACACGAUGAUGCGAGAUAUGUUUGUGAAAACUCCUUUCGCACUUACGUUCAAAGUUUACAUGUUUAACGUGAAAAAUCCUGAUGAAGCUCAGAAUGGAGGACGCCCAAUAGUUGAACAAGUUGGUCCCUAUAUUUUUGAUGAAUGGAAGGAAAAAUGGGAUUUAGUAGACGACGAAAAAGAAGACACAGUUGAGUAUGACAUGAAAAAUACUUUCAUCUUUCGCCCAGAUUUGACAUUGCCGCUCACAGGAAGAGAAAUUGUGACAAUUCCUCAUCCGCUUUUAAUGGGCGCAUUAAUCGUAACAAAACGUGAAAGCGACACCCUUUUACCGAUGGUCAUUGAAGGUUUAGAUGCAAUUCUUCACAAUCCGACAACUCCUUUUCUUACGGCAUCCGUCAUGGAUAUUCUUUUCAACGGAGUCCCAUUAGAUUGUACAGGCGAAGUUUUUUCGGCAGAAGCUAUCUGUGCUAAACUCGUAAAUGACGGCGGAUUACCAAAAAUUAACGAAACGCAUGUUGCAUUUUCAUUGUUUACGAAGGCAAAUGGAACUUCAAUGGGACGCUUCAAAGCAUACAGAGGAGUGAAAAAUGUUCAUGACAUGGGACGAGUUAUAGAAUACAAUGGCGAGCCAGAAAUGGAUACGUGGGACGGAGAUAUUUGUAAUCAAUUCAAGGGAACAGAUUCAACGAUUUUUCCGCCAUUUUUGACGAAAGAAGAAGGACUUUGGGCAUUUGCUCCAGAUCUGUGUCGAUCUCUUGGCACAGAAUACAUCGGAAAAUCUAAAUAUAUGGGAAUCAAAUUGGAUCACUUUUCGAUAAAUUUUCCAGAUUUGCGGGAACACGAAGAACUUCAAUGCUUUUGUCGCGAUCCUCCAGAUGGAUGUCCACCAAAAGGCGUCAUUGAACUCUACCAAUGUGUUGAAUUUCCGAUGACAGGUUCGAAGCCACAAUUUUUGGAUGGCGAUCCGAAACUCAUCGAAGACAUUGGAGGCCUUUCACCCAACAAAGAGGAUCAUGAUAUUUUCAUUCAUUAUGAUUUGAUGACAGCAGCUGCUCUUUCUGCAGCGAAAAGGCUUCAAUUCAACUUAGAUAUUGAACCAGUAGAAGAAUAUCCUCUCAUGAAGGACUUGAAAAAUGUCAUGUUUCCGCUUUUCUGGGUAGAAGAAGGCGUCAACUUGAAUAAAACGUGGGUUAAUAUGUUUAAAAUGCUUGUUCGAGUAAAAACAGGAAAUAAUGUCAUUCGUUGGCUCUUUGUCACUUUUGGUCUUAUCGGAGCAAUAUUAUCAGCUUAUUUGUUGGUUCAAAAUGAAGAUAAAAUACUAAAAGUGACGCCAGUUGAAACUUCAAAGGCGCCCUCUGGCGGAAGUAUUUCUGAAAAUAUUUUGACUAAUUUUUUGAUUGUGCCAACCAUCGUUCGUUUUUUCAUGAGUCGCAAAAUGAACAUGAAGCCCGGGCAUUAUUUGAGAAAAGUUCAUAAAAGGUUAGAUCUUCACGCAAGUUAUUACUUGUGGAACAUUACGAAUCCCGAAGAAGUUCAAAAUAACGGAGCUAAACCCAUUAUGAAGGAAGUUGGACCUUAUGUUUUUGAUAUUCGUAGAGAAAAAAUCAACCAAGAAGACAACGACAAAGACGAUACCUGGACCUUUGAUUCUUAUAGUUUUUACAAAUUUCGUCCUGAUUUGUCGGCGCCUCUCACGGGAGAUGAAAAACUCGUGAUGCUAAAUAAUAUUUUAGUAGCAGGAGCUGUGAAAUUUCAACUUGAAAGACCUCCAACAGUGAAUUUUAUGGAAGCAGCUAUAAAUGCAAUUUUUGACAAUCCUACUUCAAUUUAUUUUCACACAACGGCGAGAGAAAUUUUGUUUGAUGGAGUCUCAAUUGAUUGCAGUGUAAAAGUUUUUGCCGCAAAAACUGUUUGUAGCUUCUUGAAAAAGGAUAUUAGAAUUAGACCGAAUGACGCAACAGGGAUUUAUAAUUUUGCAAUAUUAAAUGGAGUGAGACGCUUCACGACAAAAAGAGGAGCAAAAGACCCUCAUGAUGUUGGAAGAAUAACAGAAUUUAAUGGCGAACCUCAGCUUUAUAAAUUCAGUGGCGAAUUGGAGGCUUGUAAUAAAUUCAAUGGGUCAGAUCGCACAAUGUUUCCGGCAUUUCAGACAAAAGAUGAGCUUGUAUGGGCAUUUGUUUUCGAUGCAUGUCGAUCCGUUGUUGGUCGAUACAAGAAAAAACAAUGGAUGAAAGGCAUCAAAGCUUAUUACAAAGAAUAUAAUUUUUUGGAUCCAGAGUUGCCAUCGGAAUGCAACAAAAACGAAUUUUAUCCUGAAAUUCCAUCGGGAACUAUGAAUAUUCAUCCAUGUACUGAGGUUUUUGUGAUAGUUUCGCAUCCUCAUUUUCUUCGUGGCGAUAAAAAAUUACUUGAAAUGGUCGAAGGGCUUCAUCCAAAUGAGGAUUUGCAUAGUUCGGGGAUUUAUUUUGAUUUGGAUUCAGGUGCCCCAAUAAAAACUUACGAGCGCGCUCAAGUCAACACUUUAUUGCUACCUGUGCCUGAAAUUCCAAUAAUGGCGAAUGUUCCCGAAGCUUUCGUGCCCUUUUAUUGGUACACCGAAAUAUUUGACUUGGAUAAAAUUUCGAUAGCUUGGAUUUUGUUAUCUAAUUACACUAACUACUUCUUUUCGUUCCUUUGUUAUCCGUUGAUGAUCCUUUCGCUUGGAAUGAUUGGCGCUUUGACCUUCAUUUUCAUGACAAAUCGCAUUCCCGGAACGCCAGAGGUAGGUGAGAAUUCUCACAAAAACAUCGAAGUGGCAGUUAUUGAAAUCAAUAAUCCGCAAUAA